AUGGAGAUAAGUCACACAGGGCUGGCGGCUGGGCUGGCAGUGCAGCAACAAUGGAAAACAGCCCAGGCAGCAGCAAGAAGUAUCAGGGUUAGACACCAGGAAGACAUGUCUAGAGUUCCUGGAGAACUGUGGGCAAGCCUUUGAAGGGCCAGAUUUUCAGCAGAUGAGGCACUAGGAGGUUCAAACACCAUCGCGUCUGGUCCUGGACUGGUGAUUUGGAGAGAGUGCUAACAGGGCACAGCUCUCCCUCUAGGGCAGGAUGGCCCAGGAUCUCAGUGAGAAAGAGCUGCUGAGGAUGGAGGUGGAGCAGCUGAAGAAGGAAGUGAAGAACCCUCGCGAUCCGAUUUCCAAGACUGGAAGGGAAAUUAAGGAUUAUGUUCAGGCCCAAGCAGGGGCUGACCCUCUUCUCCAAGGCGUCCCAGAAGACAAGAAUCCCUUCAAGGAGAGAGGCACUUGUGUGAUAAGCUGAUGGCCCAGAACAUCCGCCCCUUUCUUCCUGUCCCUCCUCAGCCAGGCCCUAGUGUGCUGGGAUACCCAGGCGACCAACGUUUACCUCCUCUUAGACAUAAAAUGAGU